GCAAAGUGAAGGCAAGAAAUCGACAUGAACUUCUCCUGGCUCGCCUUCUUCAUCUUGGCCAUCUUCGCCGUGGCUGUUUCGGCCAAUAGGUGCCCAGCUCCAUUCAACUCGGAAGGUGGCAAGUGCACUGCACAGCGCACUAUUCGUGGAGAAUGCCCUCAUGGAUCCCAAUACAGUGCCAAAAUUAACAAGUGUGUCUACAAAAACUAAAUAAAUAUAGAAAAAACUAA